AUGGCUGGAUCUGGAAGUUCAGAAGUAAGAACUCCAAUCUUCUCCGGUGAGAACUAUGAGUUCUGGAGAAUCAAGAUGGUAACCAUAUUCACGUCAUAUGGGUUGUGGAAUGUGGUUGAGAAGGGAAUUCCAAUCCUUGAUUCGAAGAAGAAGAAGACGACUGAGCAAGCUUCAGAAGAUGACGAUGAUGGAAAAAUGGCAGCCAUCUUCAUGACGGAUGCAAAGACUUUGGGCAUCAUUCAAAAUGUUGUUUCUGACCAAAUCUUCCCCCGUAUUGCUAAUGCUGACUCUGCUAAGAUGGCAUGGGAGCUGCUAUAUGGAGAAUAUCACGACAGUGACCACGUGAGAUCGAUGAAAACCUUUGGUGAGACUCUCUCCAAUGAGAGGCUUGUCCAAAAGGUUCUGAUCAGUCUAAGUAAGAGUCAAGAACAACAGUUUGAGUUGCAUAACGUUGAUACAGCUGAGAAGGCCUUUGCCUUAUUUUCGGUGAGUCCAAAAGGUCUGAACAAGGGUGGCACUCAGUCUAGUUCAUCUAAAUUCCAAAAGAAUUGGAAUCCUAAGGGCAAGCCAUGGGAAUCAAAGUCUAAGCAUAAAGGAAAGCCUAAGUGUUACAAUUGUGACAGAUUUGGACAUUGGGCUAGAGAAUGCACUGCAAGUAAGAAUGUGCAGAAGGCUAAAUGUGCAAACCAAGUGGAAGUGAUAGGAAAUCUGUUUUAUGUCAAUAGUACCAUCUCUGGAGCAAGUGCUAAUGGUGAAUGGUAUAUAGACAGUGGUUGCAGCAAUCACAUGAUUGGAAAUAAGAAGCUGCUAGUUGAUAUAAGAACAAACGUGAUUGGCAAGGUACAAAUGCCCACUAGAAAGCUUAUGGAUGUAGCUGGAAUGGGAACUCUAGUGAUUGACACUAGCAAAGGUAGAAAGCACAUUAAAAAAAUUAAUGUACCUACCUGGGUUGAAGGAAAACUUGCUGAGUGUGGGACAGAUGGAUGA